CCCCUCUUGAUGAACGACCGCGAGGCGGGCGCGAACGAUGGCAAAUGAGAUGAGCGCAUAUUCUACCGUUAACAAAUACUCACCUCGAUGAUUCUGGAGGCGUCUUUCUCUUGGAAUCUAUAUCCCACCCCAAACUUUGUCAACUCAGUCAACUCGGUAUAGCCGGAACCUGCCUUUGGGAUAACUAUUCAAGUCGUAGGCAUCUCAUCGGUGGCCUGAACUACCUCAAACAGCAAACUACUAUUCGAGCCUUACGAAAUCAGCUUCAGGAUGCCUGCAAUUAGCAAGAUCAUUGAGUCGCAUCGGCCAGCACUAGGUCCAUACGAAGAGCUCUACAAGCAUUUCCACUCCCAUCCCGAACUCUCAUUCCAAGAAAAAGAAACAGCAGCGACCAUAGUCGCCCACCUGGAGAAACUCAGCGCCUAUGAGAUCCACUCCUCAAUCGGCGGCCACGGCGUCGCGGCCGUGCUCAAGAACGGGCCUGGGAAGACUAUCUUACUGCGCGCGGACAUCGAUGCGCUGCCCGUUGAGGAGAAGAGCGGGGUGGAGUAUGCGAGUACAGCGAGGAUGAAAGAUUUGGAGGGAAUUGAGAAACCUGUGAUGCAUGCUUGCGGCCAUGAUGUGCAUAUCGCCGCGCUGCUGGCUGCUGCGGAGACGCUGGCGAAGGCGAAAGAGCAGUGGAGCGGGACACUGAUUCUAUGCUUUCAGCCCGCGGAAGAGAAAGCCGGCGGUGCGAAGGCCAUGGUUGAAGAUGGCUUGUAUAAGAAAGUUCCCGAACCAGACUUGUGCAUAGGAGCGCAUGUAAUGCCCUUGAGAUCCGGCGUGAUCGGAACAAAACACGGCCUCAUGGCCUCCUCAGCAGACUCUUUCCAAAUCCACAUCCAGGGCCGGCAGGCGCACGCUUCUACUCCGCACGUCUCCAUCGACCCCAUAGUCCAAGCCGCCUCCACCAUCCUGCGCCUCCAAACCAUCGUGGCUCGCGAAGUCGACCCCUCCGACUUCGCCGUCGUCACCGUGUCGGCCAUGCACGCGGGCGAUGCAGAGAACAUCAUCCCGCAAGACGCGCUUCUGAAGCUCAAUAUCCGCGCCGGGAUACCGGAAACAAGGGAACGCGUGCUCAGCAGUGUGAGGAGAAUUCUGGACGCGGAGAGUGUUGCGAGCGGGAGUCCACAUAAGCCCGAUAUGCGUCCUACGACGAACUUCCCCUUCCUCUACAACGACCGCGCCGUCACGUCAGCGCUGGAAACCACCUUCGCCGCGCACUUUGGUGAGAGUCCGCACAGCUAUAGCCCGGAUAUCCCUAGAUUACCGGGGAGUGAGGACUUCGGCAUCCUGGCGACCAGCAUUGGCAAACCGAGCUGCUUUUUCUUGUAUGGCGGGCUGGAGCAUGAGAUGUAUGACAGGGCGGAGAAGGAAGGGAAAUUGAAGGAGUUACCGGGUAAUCAUAGUCCCUUUUUUGUCCCGGUUGUGCAGCCUACGCUCGGUGUGGGUGUGGAUGGGUAUGUGGUUGCGGCGUUGACGUUUUUGGGGAAGGACGGGGAGUAAGGGUGGAUCAGAGUCCGGCGGUCGUGCGUGUGCAAAAGCAAUUUGAGAAUCUGGUAUGGUGUGUGUAGCUUGGUCUGUGAAUGGUUUGCGGUAGGGCUGUGGCUGCUGCAUGGCGUCGACUCUCAGCCAUGAAAACUCAGCCUUAUCCGCUACCUGAUGAAAGCAUCAGGUGAGGGGCUGCGAGACAUCUGAUAUGACCUUAUACUCCACUGAAUGAGUGAGAGUGUCAUGGAACACAACUGAGAGGCUUGUCCCCGCG